AUGUUUACCAUAUUUGUUAGUAUAUCUUUUCUAAUAUCUUUUGUUUAUCCAUUAAAUCCUAUUUCACCUGAAGCUCGAAUAGAUUGUUAUCCUGAUCCUAAUUCAUCAGCUGCUAAUUGUAUCGCAAGAGGAUGUAUUUGGGAUAACAAUUAUGAUGAUAGUCAUCCAACUGUUCCAUUAUGUUAUUAUCCACAAGGUACCGGUUACCAAAUUGUGUCACAAACUGAUUCAACAGCAACAUUAAAAAAAAGUCCAACAUCUAUUGAUAAUCCAUUUGGCAAAGAUUUUAAUGAUCUUGAAGCAACAUUUUCUAAAAUAGAUAAUAUUAUUAAGGUAUCAAUAAAACCAAUUGGAGUAACAAGAUAUAUACCACCUGUACAAUUUUCUGAAGAAUUUGUUGAAUCAAAUGAUCGUUUAUCUUACUCUUUUACCAAUGAUGAUAAAGGUAUAUUUAAUUUUAAAAUCAAUCGUAAUUCAAAUCAUAGAACAUUAUUUGAUACGUCUAUUGGUGGUUUAUUAUUUAGUGAUCAAUAUAUUCAAUUAGCAUCAUACCUUCCAUCAACACGCCUUUUUGGAAUAGGUGAACAUAUACAUCAGACACUCCAUCAUGAUUUAACUAAAUAUACAACAUGGCCAAUGCUUGCUCGUGAUCAACCACCAAACUCAAAAGACCCUAAUCAAAAUAAUUUAUAUGGUGUUCAUCCAUUUUAUAUGGUUGUUGAACCUGAUGGUAAAGCACAUGGUGUUUUAUUUUUUAAUAGUAAUCCACAAGAAAUAACAACUGGACCAGCUCCUCAUAUUGUUUAUAGAACUAUUGGUGGACAAAUAGAUAUUUUCUUUUUUCCAGGUCCAAGUCCACAAGAAGUUAUUCAACAAUAUGUUUCAUUUGUUGGUAAACCUUUCCUUCCAGCAUAUUGGUCAUUUGGUUAUCAAUUAUGUCGUUAUGGUUUUAAAAAUCUUCAAGAAGUUAAAGAUGUUGUAAAUAAUAUGACAUCUGCUGGUAUUCCAUUUGAUACAAUAAUUACUGAUAUUGAUUAUAUGGAUAGAUAUAAAGAUUUUACAAUUGGUGAAAAUUUUUCUGAUUUAGGAACAUUUGCUGAUGAUAUUCAUAAAAAUAAUAUGCGUUUAACAUUAAUAUGGGAUCCAGCUAUAGAAGUUGACUAUGAUUCAUUUGAACGUGGAUUAAAAUCUGGGGCAAAAUUUAUUGAAUGGAGUGAUAAUUCAUUAAUUCCAACAUCUAUACAAAAACAAUAUCCAUUAGUUAAAGAUACAAAUAUUAUGUUAGGUGUUGUAUGGCCAGAUAAACAUACAGCAUUCCCAGAUUUUCUUGAUCAAACAAAUAAAACAAGAGAUUGGUGGAUAGAUGAAUUUAAAUCUUUUUAUAGUAAAGUUAAAUUUGAUGGUAUAUGGAUUGAUAUGAAUGAACCAUCUUCUUUUGGAACAAAUGAAGAUCAUCCAUGGUAUUUUGAUAAUAAUGAUCAUCCAAAUAUUAUUUCAUUAAAAUGUCUUACUAGUGGUUAUAAUAAAAGUCUUGAAACACCACCAUAUGCAACACAAUCUGUCUAUCAAUGGGGUGAUAAUAGUUAUUUAUCAACAAAAACUUUAUGUAUGAAUGGUGUUACAAUGAAUGGUAAACAAAAUCUUUAUAAUACAAAAAAUAUUUAUGGAUGGUCAGAAACAGUAGCAACAAAACAUGCAUUACAUAAAUCAACUGGAAAAAGAGGAACAGUUAUAUCAAGAUCAACUUUCCCAAGUUCUGGAAAAUAUGGUGGUCAUUGGUUAGGUGAUAAUACAGCUCGUUGGGAAGAUUUAAAAACAACAAUAAUUGGUGUUCAAGAAUUUAAUAUGUUUGGUAUUCCAUAUGUUGGAUCUGAUGUUUGUGGUUUUAAUGGAGAAACAAAUGAAGAAUUAUGUUUAAGAUGGCAACAAGCAGGAUCAUUCCAUUCAUUUUUUAGAAAUCACAAUAGUAUUGGUGAACCAUCUCAAUGGCCUUAUAUAUGGGAUUCUGUUAAAGCAGCAACUAAAAAAGCUAAUUUCUUUAGAUAUAGACAUUUACCAUAUCUUUUUACACUUCAUUUUGAAGCUUCACGUUUUGGAAUACCUGUAAUUAAACCUGUAUUUUUUGAUUAUGUUGAUGAUUCAAAUACUUUUGAAUUAAAUCAUCAAUUCUUAUGGGGAUCAGCUUUUAUGGUAGCUCCAGUUAUUGAAUCUGGAGUAACAAGUCAAUUAGUUUAUCUUCCAGAUUCACAAGAUGGAUGGUAUUCUGUUUAUGAUUAUAAUUAUGGAACUAAAAUGAGUUCAGGUUUUAGAACUUAUCCAGCUUUAUUAACAUAUAAUACUCCAACAUUUGUUGCUGGUGGUUAUAUUAUUCCAAGACAAGCUGCUUCAACAACAACAGAUGUUUCAAGAAAAAAUCCAACAGAACUUUUAAUUGCUAUUUCUUCAUCAUCUAAAAAUGCUUCUGGAUUAAUCGUUUGGGAUGAUGGUGAAACUAUUAUGAUGGAUGUAAACAAACAUGAUUACACAGAACUUAUCUUUUCAUUUAACAUGACUGAAAAAGAGUCUACAAUUACAAUAAGAUAUAAUAAAUUUUCAAUUUCAUCAAGUCCAAUGCCAUUAAAAUCAUUAGAAGUAUUUGGUCUUCCAUAUUAUCCAGAUCUUUCUAAUGUUCAAGUUAAUGGAAAAAAGGUUUCGAUUGAUAAGACACAAAGUGUUUACUCACCAUUUACUGAAGUAUUAACACUUGCAGCAACGGAUUAUCUUGCCGAUUAUACAAAAUUGACCUUCCCAAUUCAAAUAAAAUGGAACCAUUUAUCUGAAUAUGUAUCAUAUAAACAUAUUUAA